GCCGCGAUCCCGGCCUGCCCCGCGCGCGGCCACGAAGGGACUACAUGUCCCGUGAGCCCCCGCGGGAUGGAGCUGCGCGCGGCGCUGGUGGAGCGCUGGCUCCGCGACUCCUUGUGCGCCUUCGGCUUCGAGCUGCAUCCCCUCCAGGUUGGAUGGUACAACACUGUUCUUCAGCCGUCCUUUCACCUGGCCUACCCAGACAACACCCUGGCUUUUGUUGUCCUCAGCACACCUUCCAUGUUUGACAAAGCCUUCAAACCCUUUGUGAACAAACAGCUGCUGAAAAGGAUCCGGGAUCCAGUAGACCAGUGCAUUUCUCAUCACUUAUCACUUGUGAAAGAGCACUUCCCUGAUGAGAAGGUGCAUAUCAUUUAUGACUAUGAGAUGUUGCCAAACCGGAAACCCAAGUUUCUGGCACAGACAGCCGCCCAUGUGUCUGGAGCAGCAUAUUAUUACCAGAGGAAGGAUGUGAAGUGUGAUCCCUGGGGAGACAAGAAGAUCUAUGGUGUGUGUAUACAUCCCCAGUAUGGAGGCUGGUUUGCCAUCCGGGCUAUCCUCAUAUUUCCAGAAAUUCAGGUGCCGUUCCUGGAGCAGUAUGCCCCUAUCGACUGUGUGACCACAGAGGAGAAAAGAAUACAGUUGCUGGAGAAAUUCAAUUUCCACUGGCAGGACUGGAGCUACAGGGAUAUCAUUGAAGUGAAGGAACGAUACUCAGAGGAGCAGAAAACCUACUUUGCAACCCCUCCAGCAGAGCGUUUCAAACUGUUGGGGCUACAAGGAGGAAUCCAAAGAAAUGCAUUUUACUGAGUUACGUAGUUUAGUGUACGAGGCAGGGAGUGAGCAAAGUGCAGCUCGCAAGCCCCAUAAUCCUUUCUAGUAGCUGUGAAAAGGGGAUUUGAUGGUACAGGGGUGACACAUCCUAGCAUCAUGCACUCCAGCUCAAUCCAAAAGCUGCCCUUUCAGGUCAAAAUGGAGCAUUGCAUGCCAGGGUUUGGCAUCUGACUAUACAUAAACAGGAAGGUAGCUGCAAGUCUGCUCCAGGUUAUUGCUAUUUACAAGUGUAUCCUUCUGGACCCUGGUGAAGUAUCACCUGGCUUUCAUUUGGGCAGAGUUUAGGUGGCCUCAAGGCUGGGAUGUUUAUGCUGCUGUUUGGAAAGACUGACUAUUUUUGAUCUGGGGAGACUUUUUUUAUUUUAUUUUAUUUAAUAGUAAGGAAUUAUUUAAUUUUCAAAAAACUGAAUGCAGUUUGUCUCUGGAUGAACUCAGGGCAGAUUUUUUUUCCAAACGUAUACCUAGCACUUUUACUGCCCUGGGAGAUUAUAUCAUGGGGUAAAAUGUUUUAAAGGGCAUGCACCUUGAAAUCUAGUCCAGAAAUUUAACUCAACCUAAGCUAGUUUGAUUGUGAGCAGACCCUAUUUUUUGUCUUGGUAGAGCUAGACACCAUGCUUUCGUACAGCUAGAGGGCUUUGGUCUUUUCCUAUGUGAGGAAGCACACACAUGCACAUGCAGUGAGCAAGAUCUCUGGCUGAAUGCAUCUGUAGGUCAGUAUAUAUGCUGUCCCAUGUACAGAGUAAGCAAGCCAAGAGAAGAAGAGUUUGUACCUCUCUGGUUCUUGUGUUAUAGUUGCAUUCUUGCACAUAGCAUUUGGAGACAGAACGUACCUUCUUUUUUUUUUUUUAAAUGGCCGUCCCGUGAAAUUGAAUCUUGCUUAAAGGAGCAUGGGAAAUGGGAGAUUAAUAUAAAUUUAUACUAAAGCUAUAAGUGAAACCAGUCUCUAUACACUAAGCCAGGGGUCCCAAUCUUUUUAUACUGUGGACCAGAAAUGACCAUGGACUGGCAAACUGCAGACCAGCAGUGACCAGCAUAUGACGGGCUGGCAGCCAACCCUGUUUUAUACUUGGUAUAAAAAAAGGGUUGGCUGCUGAUCCACAGUAUGUUGGUCACUUCCGGUCCAGCUGUCAACCCUUCGUGGCCCAGUAUGGGACUCUGGCCCGGGGGUUGGGAACCCCUGCACUAAGCUAAUAAUUUAUAGUUAUAACUUGAAGGUUUCCAAUCCUGUAAAGCAUCAAGCACUGGGUCUCUCAUUUGUAAUUUAUGCUGUAGUUUUACAUCAUUUCUAUGGACCUAGACAUUAAGGUAGACUUUGCUGUAAGAAUUUGCUUGUCAGAAAUUCAGCAAAGUUAAUUUUAACUUAAGUCCAUCUAAACAGGUUGGCACAGACUAGCUAGGCUGAUUGAUCCAUUUCUUUGCAACCUUCUAUGUGUGCACAGCUCAUCUUGUUUCAGUCAGUCCUGUUCAUCAGACCCUAGCGCCCUCUCCACUUCCAGGGUCCCUAGUACCCUCUUUUUAAGUUAUUUUAACUUUUUUAGCAUCUGCCUCCCCAAAGUCCUCUCACAGCAUUGGUUGGCAAGCUUUGUUGCUUUUCUGUCCUUUUUUCACACUGCUUAGAUCACUAAAGAGCUCCUAAAAGAUGAGGGUUCACACCAAUUGGUCUACUGAGCAUAUUGCACCCUGUAACAAACUGAAUCCUUGCUCAUACUUGAGGAAAGGACUACAAAGGGCAUCAGUGGGGUUGAUGCAAUGCAGGAUCUUACCAUGAGUAAUGAAGGAUAUUACCUUGCAACACCAUGAGAUUGCAUAGACUAAAUAGAGCGUAGUAUUGCAAGCCAGGAAUUCCCACGUACUGGAUACAGUCUUCUAGCAUCUUGCCUGUGCCAUCCUGCCCUACCAUCUCUCCUGUGUACUUUUAAACCAAGUCACUUUAACAUGCUGUUCUGUCUUCCCCAGCUGCAAAUUUGG